CAAUGUUUGAGUCUCUCGCCUGGACAGGCCUUCUGGCUUUCGCAGCUGUUUGCGGCGCUGCCACGACUGCAUCUCCCUCAGCGAUUGCACACAAUUACUCGUUAACAACCAGCACUCACCUGCCGUUCCCAACUGCUUCUCUGUCCAAUUCUGACACCAAAUCGUACCUGACCUCAUCGUGGCCUAUAUAUGACAAAACUAUAGAUGACGCUGAAGAUAUCUCCUUCGUCACCGAUCCUUUCCCUAGCGGUGCUUCCGACUCGAAGUCGCCUGUGCUACGAGUCACCUACGGGAAGGGCAGCUACUCCGAGGGCGGCGGUGGCGCACAGUUCACCGCCCUUUGGAACCCUUCAGGUAACGAGAAGUUCCAAUCGAUGCUCGUCACCUACGAGGUUGCAUUUGAUAUCGAUUUCGAUUGGGUCAAGGGCGGAAAACUCCCCGGCAUCAGGGGUGGCCCUAAAGAAAACGGAUGUUCUGGCGGUAAUGCUGCGGAUGGCUCCAACUGCUUCACCAGCAGGGUGAUGUGGAGAACGGAUGGGGCAGGCGAAGUGUACUCGUACUUCCUAACACCUGAUAAACUGUGCGACAACAAGAAUUUUGAGUGUCAUUCGGAUGGCUAUGGUACCAGCAUCGACCGUGGAUCCUUCAGCUUUGUCGCUGGACAGUGGAACCGGGUCACAAUGCUUGUGCGUCUGAACAACCCUCUCGACACUGCCAACGGCCAGGUAGCGCUAUAUCACAACAAUGUCGAAGCUAUCAAUCAGGACAUCUUGCAAUAUCGCAAUAGCGAUGAUGUUUAUAUCAGUGGCUUCUUCUUCUCAACAUUCUUUGCAGGAGGUGAUUCAUCUUAUGCCACGCCGACGGAAGUGCACUCAUACUUCCGCAACAUCGAAAUGUGGGGGAGCACUAAGGCCGCCUAAUUGGAUGCAACACUGUGCAUGCGAGGGAUGACUUCUGGCACGAUGUCGUGCGGUGUUCUGCAUUUUCACCAUUCAGCUGUAGGAUAGUAUGCACAUAGGGGCAACGGAGAGACCUAUGUCUGCAAAACGAUGAUCGUGAUGCUUAGCAUAUAACUUGAAUCUUAUCUUACCGGUCAUUUAAGCUUUACUUAGAUAAUGCUUAUCAUAAUGUUUGACAAUUU